GCAGACGUAGCGAAAUGACUUCCGGUGCGCAAGUCAUUCCGCCGAACGUUGCUUUCUAGUUAUCAAGUAUAUUGACAAACGUGAUCACAUUUUAGAUCCGAUUGGUCAAUAGUGCGGAAGUGGCCGGUGUUCUUCACGCGAUUGGCUUUUCGGUCCUGUCCAUAUCGCCGCUAGCAAAACGAGCUAGCGUGGGUUUCACCGUGACUGUGACACGAGAAUGUCCUUCCUGUGUUCCUCGUAUUCUUAUGGGUAACGUAACGGCAGACGGGACGGUAAAAGCCAACCCCCCCCGACUUCGCUCAUCCCGGUACAUCCGGUGAAAGCUUUUGGCAUUUCUCCGGAGAGCGGCUGCCGCUGGCUUCACCCGGAGAUGUCCUUGAGAAGAACGGAAGGCGUGUCCAUCGCCCAGGCGUUAGCCAUGACGGUUGCCGAGAUACCCGUUUUCCUCUAUUCCACGUUUGGCCAGUCCAUCUUCUCACAGCUGAGGCUGAGCCCGAGCUUGAAGAAGGUUCUGUUCGCCACGGCGCUGGGCAGCGUGGCGUUGGCCCUCACCGCCCACCAGCUGAAGCGGCGCGGCAGGAAGCGGAAGCAGGCCGCCCAGGCCGAGGAGGCCCGGGCGCCGGUGGGCGUGCCCGACGCGCUGCUCAGGACGGGGAGGCCGUCGUCGUUGAAGAGAGUUCCGCUGUCGGGCCGGCAGGUGAUGAGCCCGAGCAAUCGCAGCAACGACACUCUGAGCGGCAUCUCCUCGCUGGCGCCCAGUAAACAUUCGAGCUCCUCGCACAGCCUGGCGUCUAUGCGGGUCGCGACCUCCCCGAAUCAGUCCGGCAAUCCUCCGACACCCUGGGAGGCGGCGGAGGCGGAGGCGGCGGCGGCGGCGGCGGGGGAGCCGGCUGCAGUUGAGGACUCCAAUGCGGAGAAUCUCUAUUUAAUGGGCAUGGAGCUGUUCGAGGAGGCCCUCCGGAAAUGGGAGCAGGCGCUGCACGCGCGCCACGCCCGCAGAAACUUGAGCGGCAGCAACAGCAGCCUGGCGCUGCAGGGGGCGGCGUGCGGGGACGCGUCCACGAUGGACGCUCACAACAAAAUGUUUGCUGACAAGCUGGAGACGCUCCUGAACCGAGCGUACCACCUGCAGGAGGAUUUCGGCGGCAGCAUCACCGCGGACAGCGUGCUGUCCGAUUUUGAGAGCGAGGGCACCCUCAUCUUACCCCCGAUGGAGAGUUUCCGCUUGCUGCCCGACGACGACGACGACACCGCCACCGUAUCGUCUGACGACUCCUUCUUCUCCGCCGCCGAGAUGUUUGAGUCCAUUUCGCUACAAGACCGCUACCAGCUCCUAAAGCCCGCCGCGCUCUACGAGGAAGCUUUGGCUCGCGUCAGGGAGGACCGAGUACCCUACAGGUCGCUGAGGACCGAACUACUCGAGUGCUACGGGGACCAAGACUUCCUGGCCAAGCUGCACUGUGUGAGGCAAGCGUUCCAGGUGCUGUUGCUGGACGAGACUCACCGCACAUUCUUCAUGGAGACCGGCAAGCAAAUGAUUGCCGGUUUAAUGGUGAAGGCCAACAAGAGUCCCAAAGCGUUCCUGGAGAGCUACGAGGACAUGCUGCUGUACACUCAGCGAGAGGAGACCUGGGCCGUCACCAAGAUGGAGCUGCAGGGCCGCGGGGUGGUGUGCAUGACCUUCUUCGACAUCGUGCUGGACUUCAUCCUGAUGGACGCCUUCGAAGACCUGGAGAACCCGCCCUCGUCCGUGGUGGCCGUGCUGAGGAACCGCUGGCUCUCGGACAGCUUUAAAGAGACGGCUCUGGCGACGGCUUGCUGGUCCGUGUUGAAGGCGAAACGACGUCUUCUGAUGGUUCCCGACGGCUUCAUCGCUCACUUCUACGCCAUAUCGGAGCACGUGAGCCCAGUUUUAGCUUUCGGCUUUUUGGGCCCCAGGCAGCACUUGAGUGAAGUGUGUACGAUUUUCAAGCAACAAAUCGUGCAGUACCUCAAGGACAUGUUCGACCACGACAAGGUGCGCUUCACGUCGGCGCAGUGCCUGGCCGAGGACAUCCUGAAACUCUCGCACCGGCGGAGCGAGAUCCUGCUGGGCUACCUGGGCAUCGACGGCCUCCAGGAGCUCAACGGGGGCCCGGCCGGCGACGCGCAAGGACCCCACUGAACUCGGGGCGGGGGGGGGGGGGGCGUGGGACACCCUCAUGCGUCCUGCCCGCUCAUCAGGUUCUCAGCUACUAUCAUGAAGUCCAUCACGGAACGGAGGACGGCAUCCGACGCGGGACCGGAAGCCGCACCUGUUGUUCUAUCCACAAUAUUUGCCUCUUUCCAAUGGUGACGUUUUGCCCUGAAAUUCUACUUGAAUCUUGUUGAACUGCAGCUAACGACGACCUGUGGGCCGUGUGACCCCCCCCCCCCCCGUCCCAACGCAAAGAAAUCCAAAAACAUUUCAACUCAACAAAUGCUCAUACACUACUCGCAAAAAGUUGGGGAUGAACACAAAGUGCACUAAAACUUUACAGAUGAGAUUCAAAUUCAAAAACACU